AACAUAGGAGGCAAAUUCAAAACUGAUCCGGUUUUAGCCACACUUUAAUAUACGUUACUUCAGCGUCUGUCCAAAAAGUAACUUUUUGACAUGUUUCACUCUUGAUGUAGCUGACUGGGGUUAGUCACGGCGCUCUUGAAAUGUCUCAGGCGGCCCUGCUGGAGGAGGUUGUCCGGUGGAGUCCGGAGACAUGUCAACAAGAACUUGGCGUGGUCCUGCCGAAAUUAGUCGCCAUGUACGUGAACACUGAGAGCCGGGAGGAGAACCUCAACGUUUUGCGAAUUAUCGUAGAUAUGUUUCUUCCUCAUCUCCCUCUGUCCAAAGUGGAAGAAUGUUUCUCCAGAGUCCUACCAAAGGUGGUGGUGACGUUUACCAGCCUUUUGGAAGAGAUCAGCAAGCUGAUUGGAGGCCUGGCUAGUCAGAACACAGAGCUGCGAGCCUUCCUCAGAAAUAUUCUGCAGAUGAUGGUGCAGACUUUGGAGAUUCUCUCUGCGUGCGUGCGUCAUGUGUGCUCCUGUGAGGAGCACGUCUCCCUUGACACCAUUCGCUCCUUGCCCCCUUCUGUUCUCCAUGUCCUGAAGGACACCUUCCAGCACUGUAAAGAGAGCGAGGUGGUGUACAGUGGGAAACUGUCACUUGUGGGAGACCUGCUGCAGACUCUGUUCAAAAAGGCAUAUUCCCUGCAGAAGCUCCUCAUGGAGGUGCUGGAGCAGUGCAGCCUGGAGAGCAGUGCCUCAGAAGAGGAGGUCGCCCAUAUCGUCACGGUGAUUCACAGUCUCCUGGACAUGUGCUCAGUCAUAUCCAGCCUGGACAUUGCCCUCCAUGCCAACACAUGGAAAUUCAUAAUCAAACAGAGCGUGAAGUACCAGUCUCUGGUGGAGGAGCGCUUACGGCACACUGACAUCGCUUCCUCUUUGUGCGAGGACCUGCUGGCAUCAGUGUGUAGCUCUGUGGAGUUGGCAGAGCAGGUUCAACCAUCAGGCGGGCAGGAAAUUGUGCACUGCCCAGAAUACAGGCUUUUUCAGAAGACCACCAAGAUGUGUAGGUUUUUCACCAACACACUAGUGCACUACAUAAAGGAGUUUAAACCAUUCCUGUCCCAGUCCUGUGGUCAUUUCUAUCAGCUUUACCUUCAGGUCCUCAGUAAGUUUCCUCCGUGUCUCUCGGUGCCGGCUCUGCCUCCUGCCUUGCGAGAGGAGCUGAGCGGCGCGGUGUUGGUCUCCAUGGAUGCCAUGCUGAGUCAGCUCCUGUCCCUCGUGCCCUUUGCUGAGUGUGUCCUGGCCCCGGCCGACGUGUGUAGUGCGCCACUCACUCUGCCCCGCUGCCUGCUGCUGUUGAACGUGCUGGGGAAGCUGUCCUCCCUACCAGAGGAGGCGCUGCGUCUCUGGUGUGACGCCAGUCAGCUCUCUGAGGAAACGCCCAGGCUCUCCGUGUUUGAGGCUACGUUUCUGAGCUUUCGCCAGUGCCGUGUGGAGCGGGCACUGCCCGUCUGGUUGCCGGCAGUGAUGCUGCACGGGCAGGCACAGGGCAAGGUCAGCCUGCACCAGCACGUGUGUGUGCACCUGUGCGCCUGCAUCGCAGCGCUGCCCGCUCAACACUUCCCCCUGCUGGAGCGGGCCCUGGUUGUCUCUCUACUACAGUCUGAUACCCAGACGGCGGUUUUGGCCUCAGAUGUCUGGUGCUUCCUGGCUCGAUAUGGCAUGGCUGAGCUGUGUUUUCACCAUGUCUUCCUCACUGCUCACCUGAUAAAGUCUUGUCACAAUGAGUGUUAUCAGCAGACCCACCUUGGCCUGCUUCUCAGACGCCUGCUCUUCCUCAUGUCUCCACACCACCAGAUGGAGUUUGUCGAGCGCUUCACACCAUCGCGGGCUGAGAAUCUGUGUGUGUGGCAUGCAGCUCUGCUGAGGAGUUUGUGCACGGAGGCACAUGUGCGUGUGGAGCGAGAAGUUCUCAACAGCGCCACCUCUGCACUGGACGCUUGGUGUGCUGCAGGCUACAAGCUGCACUCCAUGCAUACACUGAAUGAGACACUGGGCUGUGUGUUGGAGGUGGUCCGUCUGGAUUCUCUCCAUCCUGAGACUGAGGCUUCUACAUUGAAGAUGAUUCACAAGCUGUGGAGUCGUAUGACUGCUAGCCAGGUUCAGAUCCACCGUUCUCUCCAGCAGACACUGAGAGUGCUCCUGUCAGUCUCAGCCAUCUUGAUUAAAAACUUAGACACAGGUGCCAUCACUCAGGCAUUUUGUUGUCUGAGUGGACUGGAUCUACACAAAGUCCCUGAGGACGUGGUACUGGCUGCUCUGGAGUUCCUGGCCUCUGUGGGGAAAGUGUUCCUUCCCUCUGACAUCCGAGUGAGUUCCCAGGUGUUGCCCAGGAUCAGUGCUCUGUUCAGGGCUCUGCUGGCCCACCCAUACUGGCUGCUGCACCAGCACGCCCUGGAGGCCUUCGCCGCCUUCGCCGAGGUCACCAAUCACGAGGAGGUCAUCUCUCAAAGCCUGACGUCAGAGGAGACCAAAGAAAAAGUGGUGAAUUUCCUUAGCAAGAGCGUCCUGGGGCAGGAGAGUGAGGAGGCUCGUCUGGACAGGCUGAGGGCAGAGGUCACGCUGGCAGACCGGCACACUGACACACUGGAGAGAGGACCACACACACCUGUAGCAGAGGAGGUGCGAUGGGAACACACACCUGUAGCAGAGGAGCCUCUCCCAAAGCGAGCGCGCCAGGAACCCAGCCGUGAGGAGGACUAUGAGCGCCACCUGCAGGCGGCAGAAAGUGCACUACGAGCAACAGUGACACCCAGCCCUGGUUCCCCUCCCCCUCCGUGGGUGACGGCCAGACUACAGACCCUGCAGACACUCAUCACCCACAUUAUCAGUGGCACGGCCCACGACUCCUGAGGGUCACCAAGACCACAUCACCGGAUAGUCAUGUUUCUGUAAUGAUACAGGACUACUGUCCUGUCCUAGACAAAGUAUCAGGACAGAAUCCACUUUCUCUUUUGUAAAUUAGACUUUUAGUUUUUAUAUUAAAAUUUGUUAGAGGAUUAAUGUAUGAAAUGCAUUCUUUGCUUAAAAUUGAAUUGUAAUUGUAAGAUGCAUAGGUCGUAGGGGUAGUUGUUAAUGACUUGGACACACAAAAGUACCAUAAACCACUUUAUUCCAUCAGCAGCUGUCAAUACAAAUAAUCAUUUUCUUUCACGCUCACGCACACACAGCCCCACCCCAAAAUCAAAUAAAUGUGUAUAAACAAUAUAUUAUAGAUCUAUUUUUAAUAUUCGUAUUGCCUUACUCUGAAGGCUUGUAAAACAUGGAGGAGGUGCACGGCCCAAAAAAUAUUUAUGGAAACUUCACAACUCCUGUGAAAUUCCCCUUCAUGUUCCGAGCUAUGUUUGGCAAACAAUCUUCCUACAUGGUUUACAUGGCGCAGGGCAGCCAACAGAUGCUUUCAGUCUGGGUAGUAGUGCCAGAAACUCUGCCAAAAUGAGAUAUCCUUAAUGCCUCUCCCUUAGAAUGCCAAACACCUGCUUCUUAAAUGACACAUUCCAGAUUUCUAUGGCUA